AUGACAGGUCGAAGGGUGCUGAGGUCUAAGAUGAAAGCUGGUGCUUUUGCUGCAGAUGAUGAUGAGAAGUUUAAUUUCGAUAUCCAAGAAUAUGAAAUUGAUCCGUUUAAACCUUUGAAGGUGGUACAUAAAUCCAAGAGCCCUGUUAAGAAGAACAAUGGCGAAGAUGUUUUAAACACUAGAGAGAAAAUUAAACAAAUGCAUUUGAACAUUGACAAGGUUACCUUAGAUGAUAUUACUAAACAAAGUAAAUGUUUUCUUGUGUGCGACAGUGACGAGCCUUACGAGGCGUAUCAUAAGAAGAUGUUUAAGCAGGAGACACGAAUGAUAAACGAUGAUAAAAUUGAAUCGGAAAAUGAGGCAGAAAGAUUGCAACACAUAUAUGAGACACUGGAUAUGUUGGGAUGGGAGAAAGUGCUUGCACAAGUAACAGUGAUUCGUGAUGUUGAUGAUCAGAAGGAAUUAAAGACUAAAAGGGAAUUGACCAAGCUUGCUAUUCAAGAUAUGCUUUCUAAAUUCCAGGAUAUGAAAAGAAGGAUAAGCAUGCAGUCGAGGAAUAGUAGGCAUGGGAUGUAUAAUGUUGCUUCUAAUCCCCUACUCCUAUACAGUAAUCUUGAUCGUAGUCUCGUCUACGGUUACAGUAGCUCGUCAGACGAAGAAGAAGACUGUAUGACUAUUGAUCAAAUAAGACAGCAUAGGAAGACCUCAAGAGAGAAGAAAUUUGGUGGAUCAUUAGUCAUUCAGUUAUCUGCAAGUGCACGAUCUAAUGCACGUUAUGCAAUUAUAGCGGAGCCAUUGAGGUCACCAUAUGUUAUAAAAUAUACCAAAGAUGAGAGGGAUUAUUAUAAAAAGAAGCUAGAUGAUUCUCUUUCUAGAUUCAACUUCUUAGGGCCACUGCCUGACCAACUUGCUGUUUUCAAAGAGAAAAAUUCUAUUUCAUUAAUUCUAGAACCUAAAGCUUUAAGACCUAUGUCAGCCAAUGAAUCUGAUGGGCCCUCUCAAAAUUCUCUAUCGACUAUUGAUCAGAUAAGGAAAUUCAGAGUUACAGAUACGCAUUCUGCUGAUUCAUCAGUGUCGGAUAUUAACCCACCUUCUUCCCCUAUAGCAGCUAAUAAUACCUCACAAUCUGUUAUAAAUAUCUUACCGGUAAAGAGGAACGGGUCUACAAGUGAAAAGUCUUCUACAGGUAGUAAACGUCUUCACGAUCUAAUGAUAAAGAACUCAUUAACUGAUAUCACUCCAAGUCUAUGCUGA